AUGCCCGUCGCCGUCCCAGUACCCGAACUCGGCCAGUUCAACUACGUCGCCGAGACGCAGGAAAAUCUUGACUGGGCCGAUCUCAUCACCCUCAACUUCACUCUCUACGGCACGCCCGAGGGUAACAAGCAGCUCGCAGAAACGCUUGUGAAGGGCGUCCGAGAGCACGGGUUCUUCUACGUUAAGAACUUCAACAUCUCGCAGGAGCGCGUCAACCGUCAGUUCUCACUGGGCAAGCAGUUAUACGAGUUGCCGCUUGAGGAGAAGCUGAAGUAUGUACCCGUGAACCUCGACGAAGGAGGAUUCAAUGGUUAUGUACCAUCUGGUCGCCGCAUUCUCGACGCCGAGUCCGGACUCAGGGAUCGUACUGAAGUCUACAACAUUCCUAAAUUCGACGGUUUCUUCACCCACAACCACCCGGCAGUCAUCCAGGACCAUCUCGCUGAGAUCGAAGAGUUCGCGAAGUCUCUUCACACGGAGGUGCUGGACCCGCUGCACGUCCUGCUCGCGAUCGCCCUCGAGCUCCCCGAGGACUACUUCCUCAAGAUCCACGACUACUCGCGCAAGAGCGAGGACCACUUCCGGUACAUGAAGUACAGCAAGUACACGCCCGAGGAGAACGCCAAGCUUGGUCGCCUCUGGGGCCAAGGUCACACCGACCUCGGAUCCUGGUCGCUCCUAUUCCGUCAGCCCGUUGCGGCGCUGCAGAUCCGGCACCACACGACAAACGAGUGGAAGUGGGUGAAGCCGCAGGACGGGACGCUGACGGUGAAUGCGUGCGACGCGCUCUCGUUCCUCACGGGCGGGUACGUGAGGAGCACGUGCACCGGCAAGUCCGUCGCGGCGCCGCCGAAAGAUCAGGAGCAUGUCGACCGUCUCGGCAUUCUCUACUUUUCCCGCCCGAACAACGACGUGAAGCUCGAGACGAACACCUUCGAGGAGUCUGGCAACCCGUACCCACCAUGGAAGAAGUGGCAACGCUCCAAGAAUCGGGUCCGCGGCGACCCAGAGCAUGCGCACGCGCAGAUUCUGCCUGGUUACUCGGAGAGCCGUAUGCGUGAGCGUCGCCCCUAA